AUGGGUGUACUCAACGUUGGUAUUGUUGGCACUGGAAUCUUCGCCAAGGAAUCGCAUCUUCCAGCUUACCAGGCAUUGCCUGGCAGUUUUGAAGUUGUAGCGGCUUUCAACAGGACGAAAAGCAAGGCUGAGGCUUUUGCUGAAGAUGCUGGAAUUGCCAAGGACAAGGUUUUCGACAGUUUAGACGAGAUUCUGGCAGACGAUUCAGUUUCGAUGAUCGAUGCCCUUCUUCCAGCGCAGUUCAAUGCACAAACGGUGGAAAAAUGCAUAGCUGCGAGAAAACCGGUUAUUUUGGAAAAACCAAUUGCGGCCACCAUAGCUGAAGCCAAAAAACUAGUUCAUCUAGCGGAAUCGACCAGUUUGCCCAUUGCAAUUGCCGAAAACUGGCUUUUUCUAAAGUCUGGCGAGGCCCUCAAAGAGCAUCUGGCCGAUAUUGGUCCCCUCGUGGCAUUUACCUACAACUCCACUGGCCCCUUCAUCAAAAACAACAAAUACCUGGCCACAACGUGGAGACAAAAGCCUGAGCACAUUGGUGGGUUUUUGUCCGAUGGCGGUGUUCAUCAAUUGGCGCUUUUGACUGAUGUUUUGGGCGAGGUGGAGUCUUUGAGUGCCUUCACAAAGCAAGUUCGUAAAGAGUCUGGGACUGACGACGUGGCGUUUUCCACCGUGAAGCUGAAGGAACAGGGCCUGAUUGGUACCUUCACUUACGGCUCAGCUUUUGGCUCUUGCGAAAAAUCGGUCUACUUCAAGAUUUACGGGCUUAACGGAGCAGUCACGCUCGACCUUUCUGAAAAGAAGAAGCCAAUCAUCACUAAAACCGUUGGUGACUCUGCUGAGGCCAACGCCGAGACGCAGACGUUUUUAGUCGAUGAACAUCCAUCGUUUGGAAUCCAGGAAGAAUUCUUGAAUUUCCACGAGGCUGUCGUCAAGAAGGAAAAACGGAUCGCUAAAGGCAGUCCAAGAGUGGCUUUCCAUCAUUUGGCCAUCGUAGCCGCACUUUUGGAAUCUUCUGCCAAAAAUGGCGCUAACGUUACUAUCGAGCAGCCAUGA